AUGGAUUCUAAUAAUUCUAGUAAUUAACGCUAGCUAUAAGAGAAGAUAGAAUAAAAAAGUGAUGCAUCAUAGUUAAAAAAGGGAUUUUCUUUUAAACCAAGUAGAAUUAAAGAACAAGAAGACAAGAUAAAAUAAGAAGAAGAAAGAAAAAGAAUUGAAAAAGAGAAGAAAUUAUUAUAAAAAUAAUAGGAGGAAGAAAGGAAGAAAUAAUUAGAGCUAGAAAAGUAGAAAUAACCUAUUUACUUUUAGUCUUAUUAAGUUAAAAGAAGAGCUGCUGAUUUCUUCUCUUCUAGUUCUUCUGAUUCUUCAUCAAAUUCAAGAUCAUCGUCUAUUGAUCAUGAAAAAAAUAAAGUAAAAAAAUAAUAAAAAGCGUCAUCAUCUACAGAAAGGAAGUCUAAAAACUAAGAUAAAAAAAAGGAGAAAAAGGUUAAAAAAAAAGACUCAGACCAUGAGGAAUCUCCAUCAAUUAAAAAUUAAAAGAAAGAAAGAAAAUACAGUGAUGAUGAAAUGAAAGAAAGCAAGAAGAAGAAAAAAUAGAAAGAUAAGAAGAAAAAAGAUAAAUAAGAGAAGAAGAAAAAGAAGAGAGAAAAAGAGCUUAAAAAUUAAAUUAUGAACACUAUAAAUAAUGAAGAGCUUGACCUGUUUUAUGAUUUGAAGAAUUAAGAAAUCUAAAGAGCUCCAGAAGCUAGCUAGAAAUUUUUAUAUAAGCAUGUUUUCAACAGAAAUUGCUUGCCAGUAUCUAUAAUAAGCUUUGGAGAUAAGACAAUACCAAAAUACAUGAAUUAUGGCAUGAGUGGAGAUGUACCAAAAUUCAAAUUUGUUAAUUACCCUAUGAUUGUAGGAUUUAUGAGAGAUUAAGAAUCAAUUGGAUUGUUUGAUGAUUUAAACUAAGAUUUAGGCAUUAAAACUAAAUAUUCUAGACUUAACUAAGAGAAAAGUAAUCAAAAGAAUAAUGUAAGAUAUUUCGAAAGAAGGUUUUGGGAAAAAAAUGAAGAUUUAGAAUCGUCAGAUUUUUAAAUUCAAAAAAGAGUAAAACAAAAUGAAAGAGAAAAUGCUUUAAUAGGAAGUGAAGAUUUUGUGAGUUUUAAUGAAGAUAAAAAUAUAUUGAAUAAAUUAAGUAUAACAUUCAGAAGUGAGUAAUAAAUGAUAACUCAAAGUGGUUAAAAUUCUUUAAACAAUUUAAACAACCUAAGUAUUAAGGAUUACUCAGACUUGAAAGAUCUUAAAAUAGAUGUAGAAGAUCUCACAUCAGAAGAGAUUAAACUCUUCUAAUAAAAUAAAGAAUUUAACCAGAAAAUAAAGGAUAACCCAAACGACCCAUAUCUCUGGAUUGAUUAUAUUAAGCUCUAAGAUCAGGGUAUCAAAUAUUCUUCAGACUAGUUUAGCAUAUCUUCUAUACAGCAAAAAAAGAUAGGAAUAAUAGAAAAAGCUCUUCAAAAUGAAUAACUAAGUAAUAACAUCAUUCUUAUUUUGUAUCACAUGAGAAUUUUACAAGAUUCGAAUUAAGGAGAUGAUUUUUAUAAAGUUAUGAAUGAGAAGUGGAUGGAAUAUAUUCAAAAAAAUAUCUAUAACAUGCUUUUAUGGAAUAAUUUUUUGGAUUACAGAUACUCAAAUUUAAUGAAAUUCUCAGCUACAUAUUUUAGAGAGUCCACUGCAUAGCUUUUAGCUUAGUUAAGCAAGUUAAUCUAGUAAAGCAAGUCAGUAUCAGAAAUUAUUACAUUAAGGAAGAUAAUUUUACUUAUCAUCAGAAAAAUUAGUUUUAUUGAAGAGCAGAUGGGAUUUAAGGAAAGGAGUUUUGGUAUUCUUUAAGCUUUAAUCGAACUCAAUGUUUUCUGCCCUAAUCAUAUUAGGAGAUGUUUAGAUCAUUAGAAAAGGUUAUAAGAGUUUAAGAAUUAUUGGGAAGACUAUUAUUGUUGCAAAACAGGAGAGAUUAUUGGUGGAGGAUGGGAAAAGCAAGAAGAUAUUCAGAAAUUGACAAAAGAAUAAAAGGAGCUAUAGUUAAAUAAAUCUUUCAUAGGAAAAUACAACGAUCAUAAGGAAGUGUUGCUAGAAAUGGAUGAAGAAAAUUGGAUUUAUGUGGAGUAAUAAUUUAGUGAAGCAGUUUGGAGACCAGCCAAUCCUCACUACGAUAAAGACUUGAUAAAAUAUAACUCAGAUACUAUUGUUUUUUCUGAGGAUGUUUAACAAUUUUUAAUAGUGCUUAACGAUCCUGAGUCUUAAAUUACUCUAAUUAAUAUCAUUUUUGAAAAUCUUGGACUGCCUCCAGUUAAUGAUAAUAUUUUUUUGAGUACAGAAAACAAGGCAUUUUCUACAUUUUACUUUGAUAAAUCUAAAAACUUACUUUUCUAAAUGAAUUAAAGGAUUUAAAAUUAAAGCUGUAAGAUUAAUUUUGGCUCAGAUUAUAAACAAUACUGCGGACUAGAUAGGUUGGAUUUCUUAAAUAAAUUCUUUAGUUUUUCCGAUGAGAGUUUUAUUACAGGAGGUACAUAAUCUAGGAAAAACAAAAUAAUAGCAUAAUUAGAAUAUGUGAGAAGACUACUUUACGAGCUUUAUAAAAAGCUAGAAAGAGAGAGUAUACUUAUUUAUAUAAUGUGGAUAGAAGGUAUUUUCUUUAUUAGGAAAUCAAUUUCCUAGAAUGAGCCAAUAAUGACUGAAAAAUAAGCUAGAAUAAAUAUAAAAAAUCUUCUUAAAAAUAACGAAAAAACAAUAAGUUUAUGGUUUAUUUAUGCAGAAAUUCUAUUCGAAAAAUCAAUAUAAAACUUAAAUUAAACAGAAGAAGAGUAAAGAAAAAUUUACAAAGAAAUUGAUGAUAUUUUUAAUAAAGUUCUCAAAGCAAGCGAAAGUAAAGAAAAAGAUAGACUUUCAGUACUUUAUUUUUGGAGUUCUUUUUACUUAAGAUUAGUUGGAAAAGUAGACAUCUCAUUUAUACAUUCAAAUUUGCUCAUAAUUUUACAAAAAUUGAAAGCUUUUACUAACAUAAAAAACCUUAUACUUUAACUUCACAAUUAAAUGAGAGAGUAAAUAGCCAGAGAAAAGCAAAAGCUAAAACCUGAGCUUAUUCCAAUAAUAAAAACAAAAUCCUAGAAAGUAUUCCCUCUUUCUAAAAAGUCAAUUUAUGCUUAUUUUUUGCUACUUGCACAUAGUAUUGGAGAUACCGAGUUUACAGAUAGAGAAAUAGUAAAUUACUAGUAGUACUUUGAUUUAAUUGAAGAGACUAAUAAUGAAAAAAUAAAAAUAUGGGAUGAUGAAGAAUUGUAUUCUAGAUUAUAGAGGAAAUUCUAAAAUGAGAUGCAGCUGCUCUUAUUAAAUGUGCUUCGAAUCUAAAAAUUAACGAAAUUUUCAUCUUAAGAAAAUAAUUUGUUAACAAACUUUGAUUAAAGUAGAAGGUUGUAAGAAAUUAAAAAUUAACAAACUGAAUUAUAUCAAAAUAUCAUCAAUAAAUACCCAUUCUUUAGCGUUGCCAUAGUCGAGUUGGUCUAAUUCAAUAUGAAUGAGACAACUAGGAUAGAUAGAUUAGUAACUUUAAAGCAAAUUUUGAAAUAAAAUAACUUUUUCUAUUCCACUUGGAUGCUUAUCAUUUUUAAUGAGAUAGCCUCUGCAGCAUAGGCAGAAGAAACGGAAAUUAUAUUAUCUAAGCUUAGGUAUUACUUUUAUGAGGCCUAAAAAGAUUACUAAUUACUUGAUAAACAAAUAGCUCUUCUUGAUAAAUUCAGAAAUUAAUAGAUAGGAAUUGAUUCAACAACAGAUUAUUUUAAUUAGAUUCAAUUUUAAUCACUGUUUAAUACAUUCACUCUAUAUUUUGAACCAUAAAAAUUAGCAAAUAGAUCUCUAUAAUCCUUACAGCAAGCUCCUUUCUCUAAAGAAGCAUAUUUAUAUAGGCUGAUGGGCUCUCAAGGUGAUUAAAGACAAAAAAUUAGAGAAGUUAUCGUCGAAAAAGAAAUUAGAAUCGUAUACAACGAAAUUAUUUGA